AUGGCAUCCGGUGAAUUGACGGCCGAAGAACUGCGAGCGCGAAGAAAAGCCCGAAUAACAGCGUCGGGAGAACAACGAUUGGCUAGAAUAUUGAGUGGACCAAGUGGAGAAGAAAAUCGACGAGCCCCAUGUUUGGAAGGCGGAGAGCCAGGCUCGAUCGAAGGAAUCGAGAAAAUGAGUCAACUCGCCGAUACGCUCUCACCAAUUGCUGCGACGAGUAACAACUUUGCUCCCACUUUAACAGAAGAGGCUUCAAAGACAGUCGAUGGUACCGAUUUAUGGCGUAAAUCGCUCGCGAAUCGUCGCUACGAAAUAAUUUUUGUUCUAGCCGCCAUCCUCGCCACAGUCGUCACUACAUAUUCCGAAUUCAAUAUCACCCUGCCCUGGUUGAUUGGAUUUGUCUCAUUGGAGUUCUUCUUGAAAGCCGAAUCAUCUUCGGUCGGCGAAAGUCAGCUACUUAAUGUCAUUUCACAAGUGCCUGCGGUAUCUGCUUAUCAAAAUCAAAUUCGUACAUUGAUGCGCUGGUCGACCCUUUGGAACUCUCUUCUGCUCAACAGCACCAUUUUCUACUUUUCCUUCAUUUGUGUGUACCUUUUGUUAAAUAAGAUCAUUUCUCAGUAUCCAAUU